GCCAGCCCUGGAAGCAGACCUCCCGCCAAAGCCUCCGCCACCUGCAGCCGCUCGGUCCGAGCCUCCACACGAUGAAACGCUGCGGCGACGCCCUCGGCGACCAAGAGGCAGCGUGGGCGUGGGCGUGGCCUUUACGCGACAGCGCGUGCGGCGCGCCGGGAUCUCAGCGCGCAGGCGUCGCCAGCGACUACGGCGGCGGUUGCUGCGCUCGGUAGUGGGAUCGCUGUGUCAGGCGCAGGCGCCGUGAAGUCCGCCCGCCCCAGGCCUCAGUUUGCUGUCUACUCGUCAUGGCUACUGAGCAAAGGCCUUUCCACCUGGUGGUGUUCGGCGCCUCAGGCUUCACCGGCCAGUUCGUGGCCGAGGAGGUGGCCCGGGAGCAGGUGGACCCGCAGCGGAGUUCCCGCCUGCCCUGGGCCGUGGCGGGCCGUUGCCGGGAAAAGCUGCAGCGAGUGCUGGAGAGGGCUGCCUUGAAGCUGGGAAGACCGACACUGCCGUCUGAAGUUGGAAUAAUAAUUUGUGAUAUCGCUAAUCCAGCCUCACUUGAUGAAAUGGCUAAACAGGCAACAGUUGUCCUCAAUUGUGUAGGACCAUAUCGAUUUUACGGAGAACCUGUAGUAAAAGCAUGUAUUGAAAAUGGAACUAGUUGUAUCGACAUCUCUGGAGAACCUCAGUUUCUGGAACUAAUGUAUUGGAAGUAUCAUGAGAAAGCUGCAGAAAAAGGGGUUUAUAUCAUUGGAAGCAGUGGCUUUGACUCCAUUCCAGCAGAUCUGGGAGUACUGUAUACCCGAAAUAAAAUGAACGGCACUUUGACUACUGUGGAAAGUUUCCUGACUAUACAUUCAGGAUCUGAGGGAUUAUGCAUUCAUGAUGGUACCUGGAAGUCAGCAGUUUAUGGUUUUGGAGAUCAGGAUAAUUUGAGAAAACUACGAAAUGAGUCAAAAGUGAAACCUGUCCCAUUUGUUGGUCCAAAAUUGAAAAUAAGGUGGCCAAUUUCUUACUGUAGAGAACUCAGCAACUAUGCCAUUCCUUUCUUGGGAGCUGAUGUGUCUGUUGUGAAGCGGACUCAGCGUUACUUACAUGAAAAUUUAGAGGAGUCACCAGUUCAAUAUGCUGCUUAUGUAACGGUGGGAGGCAUCACCUCUGUUAUUAAGCUGAUGUUUGCAGGACUUUUCUUUUUAUUCUUUGCGAGGUUUGGCAUUGGAAGGCAGCUUCUCAUAAGAUUCCCAUGGCUCUUCUCCUUUGGUUAUUUUUCAAAGCAAGGUCCAACACAAAAACAGAUUGAUGCCUCAUCAUUUACAAUGACGUUCUUUGGUCAAGGAUAUAGCCAAGGCCUUGCUACGGAUAAGAACAAACCAAAUAUCAGAAUUUGUACUCAGGUGAAAGGACCAGAGGCUGGCUAUGUGGCUACCCCCAUAGCCAUGGUUCAGGCAGCCUUGACUCUUCUCAAUGAUACCUCUGAUCUUCCUAAGACGGGCGGGGUCUUCACACCUGGAGCAGCUUUCUCCAGAACGAAGUUGAUUGACAGACUCAACCACCGAGGCAUUGAAUUUAGUAUCAUUAGCAGCUCUGAAGUCUAAACAUUUGAAGAAUUAACCAGUCAUAAAAUGCAUGAAUUAACAGCUUCUGUAUUUGAUAUUUGAAAUUCUUUUAUAAGCCUAUCUGACCAUAUGUGGAGGAUUGUCAAAUCUAAAAUACCUACCCAUUAAAAGCAGGCAAUUGAACUAGCUUACCCUAAAUUUAAAAUCUCAGCUGAUUUUUGUGGUUUUUAUUGCUUAUGAGAGAGAACUAGUAUUUCACUUUUUCAUUGAAGGGUUAAUGAUAAAUUUUUAUAAAUGAGCUGACAGAUCAGAUGGCAGAGUAGGUGGGGGUUCCUCUGUUGCUGACGGCGUUCCUCAGUGAGGGUGCCUGCAGCUGGCAUUCAUUGAGGGCGGUAACUCCUGCUUUCCUUGAUAUUGACUGGAAGCUCACUUCCCAGUGAGCUUUUCUGCAUAUUGUGUGGGCCUUUGCUAAAUGUAACCACUUUUUGCUAUUUUAGCCUAGUUUUUCACCUGUCUACACUGAUUGAUUUUGGACUCUUGCUUAAGUUGAAUAAUAAAGGGUUGUCAAUUAAAUGUCAGUUUUGUGUAUGAACCUGCCUACGUAUUUGCGUAGGGGUAGAAAUGUGCUUCUUAAAUGGUCUAACCUGUUUAAUGCUAAUAAUUGGGCUUGCCGUUCUUUCUUUUCCUGGUUCUAUACCUCUAACUUGUAUUUUAACAGUUGAGGUUAUGAGUGUCUAUUGAUUGUCACUGCUUAAGCAGUGAAAGCAGAAUUUUUCUCUUAAAUUUAAUUUUUGUAUUUUAGGUUUUCCACUGAAGCCCUAAAAUAAGGCAAAGAACUUGUGCUUUUGUGAUAAGCGUUUAAUAAAUGCAUGCGUAGUGUUUUGUGCCAUUCUUUAUGUAAAGAAGACAGCCCCUACCUUUAUGGAAUUUCUGCUCUAAAGUGUGAGGCUUAACAAAUACAGAACCACUGUCUGUACUGGGAGACCAUUCCGUGCUCCCUGUACAGAUUAAGAGGGCGCUUGUUGGUGGUAGUGCUGUUCACUCUAACUUUGCUUCCUCCACCCCUGCCUGGUCCUGGAGAGAUCAUCGUCUAGUCACAAGGAGAUAGGGAUUUAGAUCUCAGCU